AUGGGAGUCACAGGUCUCUGGCAGAUCGUGCAGCCCUGUGCGCGACCCAUUAAAAUCGAAACAUUGAACCGCAAACGCCUCGCCGUCGACGCCAGCAUCUGGAUCUACCAAUUCCUCAAGGCGGUGCGCGAUAAAGAAGGAAAUGCCCUGCGCAACAGUCAUGUCGUGGGAUUCUUUCGGAGGAUUUGUAAACUGUUGUUCUUCGGCAUCAAGCCGGUGUUUGUGUUUGAUGGCGGCGCGCCCGCGUUGAAGCGACAGACGAUUCAGAAGCGGAAGGCGCGGAGGGAGGGAAGGAGGGAGGAUGCGGUGCGGACGGCGGGGAAGUUGUUGGCCAAGCAGAUGCAGAGGCGGGCGGAAGAGGACGAGGGAAGGAGGAGGCGGGAGAAGGAACAUCCCGCCCCACAACAACAGCAACAAGAAGAAGAAGAAGAAGAAGAAGAGGUUCCCGACGAGGGAUUGGUAUAUGUGGAAGAGUUGCAGAUGACGGACAAGGAGCGGGUGCAGAACCGCACGUUUCGGAAAAAGGACGCAUAUCAUCUCCCGGAUCUGAAUGUCAGCAUGAGUGAGAUGGGAGGUCCAAACGAUCCCAGGGUCAUGUCGUUGGAGGAGCUGCAGGAGUAUGCGAGGCAGUUCAACACGGGAGAGGACAUCAAUGUCUACGAUUUCUCCAAAAUUGAUUAUGAUGGGCCCUUCUUCAUGAGUCUGCCGCCUUCGGAUCGCUAUAAUAUCCUCAAUGCUGCGAGGUUGAGGAGUCGGCWGAGAAUGGGCCAUUCCAAGGAACAGCUGGAUAGCAUGUUUCCCGAUCGCAUGGCUUUUUCUAAAUUCCAAAUCGAUCGAGUCAGAGAGCGGAAUGAACUGACACAACGCUUGAUGCAUCUCAACGGAUCCGAGACGAUGGACUUUGCUGGAGGAAGGAUUGCGGGAGAGAAGGGGAGGGAAUAUGUGCUGGUGAAGAACGAUGGGGUGGAAGGUGGAUGGGCGUUGGGAGUCAUCAGUGAGGAGGGCAGAGAGGAGCAACCGAUUGAUGUCGACAAGCCCGUCGUUGUCAAGACUCAAGAUACCGAUGAUGGAGAGGACGAUGAGGACUUUGAGGAUAUCCCCAUCGAAGGACUCAAUCGACUUCCGAAGCAGAGGACGAGAAACGACGACAUGGCCGAUCUGCUAACCCAGCAGAGGCGGGCUGUUUACCAAUCCAGGAGAUCUGGAGUCAAGGCUAAACCUAAGCGGAAAGUCCGCAAGGAGGCAAACCCGCUAUUCAUUCAAAGUAGCGAGGACGAGGCAGAGGAUGAUCUAGCGGAGGAGGAGGAGUGGGAACAGGUUGACAACACUGAUGAGCUGUUUGGUGGCGAGGCUGAUCCCGAAGAAGAUGAAGAUCUUCGCAAAGCCAUUGAGAUGUCGCUGCAGAAAGACAAUCCGCUGGGAGAGAGUGUUGAUGCUGGCCCGGCUGGCUCUGACCACGACAGCGACGAUAACAUGCUAGAAGUCUUCCAGCAGACUGCGGCGGAAGAAGCGAGACCUCUACCGAAAGGUAGUGGGAGGAGUAUUGCAAACAUUGUCAACAAGCGCGCCUUCAAUGCUGCUCCGGAGAGUCGGGAGGUUACCUCCUUUGGCGUCCCAACGCUCAGGCCUGAUGAGAGUAGUGAAGAGGAUGACACGAUCGACCUUCGAGCUGCACUGGCUGAGAGUCGGAGGACAAAACGCAAGACUAGCCCGCCUCGCCGGGCAGAGUCCGCUCCCAAACCCGCAGCAACAGAUCCCAAGAAUGUUGCCAAGGCGGCUGGAUUUAGUGGUCCUCUUCCUUUUGAGAAGCUGGAUUUGGGGACUUCCUUGUUGGGGAAGAAGAAGAAGAUGAAACAACGGACCGAAGAGGUUGCGGGUGGAUUUGAGAAACCUGGCAUGGGAGUGCAGGAGCAGAAGAAAGCAGAACCGUUGCCUCCAUGGUUCAAUGCUGAUCUUGAGGGUAAUAUCAAGGCGCAGAAAGCUAUUGAGGCCGAGGAUCGGGAGAAGGCAAGGGCUUUCAAUAAGCAGUUCCGGUUUGAGGAGAAGGGGAGUGGUCAGAUGUUGAGGAGGGGAAAUACUGGGGAGAUCAUUGACCUCGAGGCUGAGGAAGGUGGAAGGUUUCAGAAUGGGGAGGUCAUUGAUUUGGAUGGUGAGGACGGUGGUUCACCUUCGUCGGCACAUGAUGAUGUGAAUAUGGCAGAUGUGGACAAUGGAACCAACGUGGAUCGCGAGGAGUCGCAACCAUCUGUCCUGGAAGGAAAUGCCCCGAAUAUGGGCGGCCACUUGGCGGACGAUUUCCGGGCUGAACCACCGGCGCCACCUGCUGUUGAGGAAGUCGAAGCCGCGACUGUGACGACAGAGGCCGCUGCGAUUCGGCCUGUGCUCUUCGAAGAGGACAGUGGAGAUGAUUCGCCUCUCGCAAAGUCUCCAGUAGGUGGCGAUGCAGCGACGCAUGCGACAAGUCCACCUCGACAGCCAGAACCUGGAGAAGACGAGGAAGAGAUUGAAUGGAGUGAUAGCGAUGCUGGAAAUGGCGAGCCAGAAACCGCUCACAAACAGCCGUCGCCUCGUGUAGAGGAGACGGAAGCACGAUCACCUUCUGUUGAGUUUGAAGAUGUUCCGAUACCUGAUGCUCCGACCGCGGAUAUCGCACCACAGCAAGAACCUGAUAGUUCAACACAGGUACCUGAUCCAGCCGAGGACCCAGUAAUAAUGUAUGUUGACGACGCCGAAGACGACGAGUUUGACGUCUAUUCCGACCCCGAAGAAGAAGCCAUGCUUCGCGCACUUACUUUGGAAGCCGWAGAACAUGCCCGUUUCGCCAGCACACUCAAUAACAAGCCCCAAGCGCAGAAUCAUCAAGACUACGAGAGGGAGCUUAAGCAGUUGAGAAACCAACAAAAGAAAGACCGGAGAGAUGCGGACGAAGUAACUCACACCAUGAUCACAGAAUGCCAAGCACUCCUCGGUCUGUUCGGAUUGCCAUAUAUCACCGCCCCGAUGGAAGCUGAAGCUCAAUGUGCAGAGUUGGUGAGACUUGGGCUGGUGGAUGGAAUUGUAACAGAUGAUUCCGAUUGUUUCCUCUUUGGAGGGACGAGAAUCUACAAGAACAUGUUCAAUCAAGCCAAAUUCGUCGAAUGCUACUUGACAUCCGACUUGGAGAAGGAGUUUGACCUCACUCGAGACAAACUGAUUUCCGUCGCACAACUUCUUGGAUCGGAUUAUACCGAAGGCCUCCCUGGAGUGGGACCGGUAACUGCGCUGGAAAUCAUCUCCGAGUUUCAAAGCCUGGACAACUUUCGAAUCUGGUGGGAGGGUGUUCAAGCGAAUCGUAUUCCCAAGAGUGACGAUGCCCAUAACCCUUUCCGCAAGAAGUUCCGAAGACAAGCAGGCAAGAUCUUUCUCCCUCCUGCCUUUCCGGAUCGCCGAGUGGAAAUUGCAUAUGAAGCUCCCGAGGUUGAUUCCGAUGCGCAAGGGUUUCAAUGGGGAGUUCCGGAUCUCGAGGCUUUGAGGGGGUAUCUUAUGGCUACCAUUGGGUGGAGUCAAGAGCGGACCGAUGAGGUGUUGGUUCCUGUGAUUAGGGAUAUGAAUCGGAGGAUUGAUGAGGGAACGCAGGCUAAUAUCACGGCAUUUUUCGAUGGUGGUGUUGGUGUCGGUGGAGCAGGGAGAGGGGAGGGGUUUGCGGCGAGGCGGAGGGUUGAGGGGAGUAAGAGGAUGGGGAGCGCGUUGGAGAGGAUGGCGGAGAGGGCCAAGGGGAGGAGGAGGAGUGGGGUUUUGGUGGAGAAGCAAGGGAAUGGGAAUGUCGAGGAGGAUCAGAUGGUCGCUGCUGAUGAUGCAGUGUCUGAUAAGCCUGUUCCCAAGGCAGCGAGGAAGAGGAAGGCGAAGAAGGCUGUUGCGGAGGUGCCGGUCGAUGAUGAUCGUGAUGAUAAUGAUGAUGAUGGAGGUGGUGAUGACGAUGAAUUUGAGGAACCACGGCCGAAAAAGACGAAGAGACGAGCCAAAUCUGCCAAGAAACAACAGACGUAG